CAUCAGCAAGAUAGAGCCUCAUGCUUUCAAAUCACGUAUGUUGAAAGAAAUUACGAAAACCACAUUUUGAAAGGAGUACUGGUAGUGUCUUCGGGGUUAAUCUUUGACAAGAGCGUAGUUGUGGAUGGUACACGUCAAGCAUAGUGCAUGAAAACAUUGUGUUUGCAUGGGUAAAAUGGCACCGAAAAACAGCAAGGAAGCGCAGCCACAAGACAAACCAGUGAAAAUCAAUAAAUGGGAUGGUUCUGCUGUCAAAAACUGCUUGGAUGAUGGAGUGAAAGAGGUGUUGACAACAAAGUACAAUUAUGCAGAAAACUUUGCUUUGAUGGACGGUCGAUUAAUAAUGUGUGGAAUUGCAGUUGGUGUUGCAAUGUUCGCGUUGUUGUGGGAUUAUAUUUACCCAUUUCCACAAUCAAGGCCUGUGCUGAUAUUCUGCGUGACAACUUACUUUGUUAUGAUGGGGAUUCUUACAUUAUAUACAACAUACAAAGAGAAAGGUAUCUUUGUAGUUGCCAUCCAGAAAACAAAUUCUGGGCAAGAAAAUGUGUGGGAAGCAAGUUCAUACUUGAAGAAGUAUGAUGAUAAGUACAACUUAGUGCUAACAUACAAAGAUGGCAAAACAGGUUCUGUAAGAGAAGCAACAAUGGUGAGAUCUGUGGCAAACUUUAUAGAUGAAAAUGGUUGCCUUGUGUAUGAACUUCUUGAAACAGAAGUUUCCAAACUGCAUAACAGUCUCCUUACAGAGCGCAAGGAGAAGUAGCAGUAUUUGACAGGAGGGCCUGUUUUGACAGUCUACAAAUUGGCAGGCUUCAAUUGCUCUGUGUGUCAGUGGGAACAAAGACUCCUCUUUGUACAUACAGCUGGACUGAUAUUUAUUUAUCGUAUGCCACACUCUCUGAACAGGAUAUCGAUCCAGUGACUUUUUACAUGCAAAUGCAGGCACAUUGCACCAUGUGCGAGUUUCAAGGAAUGGUACUGAAUGGGAAAAAUUGUUGAUUUGGUGAAAAUGAUACUUUGUCUUUCUUGUUUCCAAUAAAGAAAGUUUAGAUCAA